GUUUAAUCGGCGGCCUCAGGAAUUUAGACGGCGGCCUCAGGAAUCGGGCGGAAUGUCUGGUCGGAGAAGGGAAGGUGCAAAGAGGGAACGGAAGCCCCAGGUGGCUUCGCAGAAGAGGAAAGCUGAGGCAGAUCCUGACUUAGAGGUUGUUGUGAAAACUGAGCCAGAGGAUGAGAAUGGUGUAAAAACAGAAUUUGAGACACGUUGGGAAUGGCAAGGUGAUGGAGACGUGUGGCUGGUUUACUCUCCUCAGGUUAACACUCAGUUAAACCUGGCAUUUAGUUCUGGCAAGCAGUCUGUGGUGGUCUCUCCUGCUGUGGGGAUUUCUCUACAGGUAGAUCUAAAGGAAAUGUUUCAGAAGAAUAAUCAAAGUGGCUUCCAAAGACCCAUCCGAUUAGCUGUGAAAGAGCAGGAACAAUUCUUUGUGUGGCAGUGGCAGUCCGAUGAAGAUGUUUGGCUAGACUAUGAUGCGGAAACUUGUGUCUCAUUGGAAACAGCAUUUCACUCUGAUACCAAAUUGGUGACUCUCAGUUUAGGAGGUCGGCAAUACAACAUGGACUUUAAGGCCAUGGUUCAAAAGAACUGUAGUACCCAGUACAAGAGGAACAUUCAACGGUGUUUAUCUGUGGCAGCAGAUGCAGAGACCGAUCAAAAGAAUCAAAAUAUCAGUAACAGACCAUUGAGCAAGAGAGUACGCAAGAAUGCAGGAAGUGUCAAGAAUGAAGCAGAGGAAUGCAAAGAACAAGUUAGGACCUUGGUAUUGAAAGGCAAAGCUCCUGUAGACCCUGAAUGCACCAGCAAGCUGGGAAAGGCUCAUGUAUACUGUGAGGGAGAUGAUAUAUAUGAUGUAUUAUUAAACCAGACUAACCUGCAGUUCAACAACAAUAAAUUCUACCUGAUACAGCUGCUAGAAGAUGACUGUGCUAGGAGCUUCUCCAUAUGGAUGCGUUGGGGAAGAGUUGGAAAAAUUGGACAGAACUCUCUGGUAGCCUGUGGAGGGGAUCUCCAGAAAGCAAAGGAUAUCUUUACAAAAAAGUUUUUUGAUAAGACAAAGAAUGAAUGGUCUGAACGUGAAAGUUUUGAAAAAGUUCCUGGGAAAUAUGACAUGUUAAAGAUGGAUUAUAAUUCUACGACAGAGGUAGAAGAAGAGAAAGUAGUGAAGGAAGAAAACGUACCCAAACCAGAAUCCAAGUUAGAUCUGCGACUCCAGGAACUGAUCCGGCUGAUCUGUAACCUACAAGCCAUGGAGCAGACCGUUCUAGAGAUGAAAUAUGAUAUCAAGAAAGCACCUCUGGGAAAACUGACUGUAGAGCAAAUUCGUGCUGGGUAUUGCUCUCUGCAGCAAAUAGAGAACUGUAUCAAAAAGCAGAAAUUUGGCAGAGAACUCUUGGAGGCAUGUAAUGACUUUUACACCCGUAUCCCCCAUGAUUUUGGGCUCCGGACGCCACCUCUUAUAAGGACCCAAGAGGAGCUUGCUGUGAAAGUGUGCCUCUUGGAGGCUCUGGGGGACAUCCAGAUUGCAGUUAAGCUGGCAAGUAUGGAACUUAGUUCUCUGGAGCAUCCUGUGGACCGGCAGUAUCGGCAGCUGCACUGCUCACUUGAGCCCCUGGAGAAGACAUCCAACGACUUUCAGAUUAUUGAGAGCUAUCUGCAGAGCACCCAUGCUCCUACACACAAUGACUACACAAUGACCCUGCUGGAUGUGUUCAAGGUACAGAGAGAAGGGGAGGAAAGCAACUUCCAACAUGAUAUCCCAAACAGGAUGCUGCUGUGGCACGGAUCACGUCUGUCAAACUGGGUUGGGAUUCUUAGUCAAGGGCUGCGUGUUGCUCCACCGGAGGCUCCAGUCACUGGUUAUAUGUUUGGAAAAGGCAUAUACUUUGCUGAUGUCUCUUCGAAGAGUGCAAACUACUGCUUUACUACCCGUGAAAACAAUGUGGGGAUCUUGUUGUUAUCAGAGGUGGCCCUUGGUAAAUGUAAUGAGCUCCUGGUUGCAGAUUAUGCCGCUCAAGAAAAGAUGAAGGGGAAAAACAGCACUAAAGGUUUAGGUCGCAGCAUCCCUGACCCAAAGAACAUCAUCACACAUGAUGGAGCAUUGGUCCCACUGGGGCCCCUUGUGGACACAGGACUGGUAAAUGAAGCUGGUUACACACUCAAUUACAAUGAAUACAUUGUUUACAAUCCAAACCAAGUUCGGAUGAAGUACCUGCUCCAAGUGCGCUUCAACUAUGCAUCCUUAUGGUGAAAAAGCACUCUGGUGGGAGUGUGGACUAUAACUCCUUUAAUCUUUAAGCAUUGUUGAUCGGACAGAAACUUUGUUGGAGAAUGUUGGUUUGAUCAUUUUAUCUACUUAUUUUGAAGAUAUUCUAAAACGUGUCUCAUAAGGACCUAGUUUCUUGCAUUAAUUUCAUGUAUUGCUAGAAUUCUAAUACUGUUGUAUAUUUAUAUAUUAAAAAUUCAAACAAAAUACCGAGUACUGAUGACUGUGAGUAACAUUGCCUGAUGUGUCUUCAGUCUUGCCUUGUAACCCGCAAUAAAGAGAUAAUGUUCAAUGUAA